AUGCCAGAGUCCCCAAGGUGGUUGGUGAAGAAAGGUAGGCUUGCAAACGCCCGCACAAUUCUCAUCAAGUACCAUGCGAACGGAAAGGAGGACGACGACUUGGUGGAAUAUGAGUUCCGGGAAAUUGUGGAAGCAUUGAAGCUGGAGGAUCUCAACAAACAAACCACAUACCUUGACUUCUUCAGAACCCCAGGAAACCGGCAUCGACUAUUGAUCUUGGUCGUGCUUGGUGCAAGUCUGAAUUGGGUUGGCAACGGAAUCAUGUCCUACUACUUGAGCCCCAUCCUUAACGGGAUCGGUGUCACCAACACCCGCUCUCAACUUCUUAUCCUCGUCGGCCUCAAUAUUUGGAACUUGAUUUGGUCCACUUCUGCUGCUAUCAACAUCGACAGGAUUGGCCGCCGACCUCUUUGGCUCACCGCCACCAGCGGUCAGCUAGUCACCAUGGCUGUGGCCAUGGGGCUUUCGGCUGCGUACACAGAGUAUGGUAUUAAAGCCGCGGGAACAGCCGUCAUACCCUUCUUGUUCCUCUUUUAUGCGUCCUACGACAUUGCUUACACACCCAUGUCAUAUGGUUACCCAACUGAGAUCCUGACGUACAGCCUUCGAACCAAAGGGCUGGCCAUUUAUAUCGUGGUAAUUGCUGUAGCUGUAUCGUUGAAUACCUGGAUCAACCCCAUAGCACUCGAUGCUUUGGGCUGGAAAUACUACUCAGUCUACAUUAUAAUCAAUGCUGUUCUGUUUGCCAUUCAAUACUUAAAAUUUCCGGAAACGAAGGACCGUACUAUUGAAGAGAUAGCAACGAUAUUUGACGGUACACAAGCUACCACGGUCAUGUACGCGCGAGGCGAGAGUAUGGAAAGGGAUGUGCGAAGUGUGAGAGAGGAGCCGGAGGACAAAAGCACGUAA